CAUCUAUUUUUUAACUUUAACUUUUUUAAACUCUCUCUUUGUUAACUUUUUUUUUAAAUAAUAUCCAGCAGCAUCACUUUAUAAUUUUUUUAUUUCGUUUAUCGUUACGUUGCAUUGAAUUUUUAUCUUGCCUUUCUGCUUAUUUUUCCGGAUGUUUGGAUAUUUGCUAUAUAAAAUAGUCUGUAAUUUAGCCGGUUUUUUAUAUCCAGCUUACGCCUCCUUUAAGGCUAUUAAAGCUAAUGACACAAAAAUUAUUUUACCAUGGCUAAUAUAUUGGAUUGUAAUGGCUUUUUUCACUCUUGGCGAAGGAAUUGCGGAUAGUUUAAUAUUCUGGUUCCCAUUUUAUUAUGAGAUGAAAAUUCUUUUUAUAUUGUGGUUAAUUCUCCCACAAACACGGGGUGCAGCUUAUUUAUACGAUAAUUACAUCGAUCCAACACUUACAUUUCAUCAAAAAGAAAUUGAUUCGACCUUGGGAAUGGCACAAGAAAAAGCAACAAGUACAGGCGUUGAAUGGGGAAGACACGGACUUGCUACGUUACAAGAAUUAGGUCAACAAAUAAUAAAAGGGCGAACAAGUUUUUAACACUAUACCAUCCAAAGCUAAUUUAAUAUAUUAGCUUUUCAUGAUUCAGUAUAGAUUAUAAGAUUAGAAAUUGAGCUUGUCACUAUGUCCAUAUUUUUUGCAACUGUAUCAAAUUUACUAUAAUGAAUCAAAUAAAUAUAAACAUAAGUUUUGAAGUAAAAGAGCUUAAGGAGGAGCGAAUUUCAAACCAUUA